AUGGCGCAUGCGCUCUGCCUCACCGAACGCCAGAUCAAAAUAUGGUUCCAGAACCGCAGGAUGAAACUCAAGAAGGAGAUACAAGCUAUCAAGGUCAGUCUACUCUAUUCCAACCAAAGUAUCUCUUUUUUAUUCGGUUUUAAUUCACCAAAGUACCUCGCUACGCGUAAAGUUGGGGUUUUAACAAUCAAGAUUGGAAUUGAAGUCGUCGAUACCUAA